AUGAGUUUUUGGGAAAAUCUUCGACAAGGCGAGGCCGCUGCAUUUGCGGGCCGCGGUAACGGCGAUCUGGGCGAAAGCAACCGCUCUGCUGCACCCUUCGUAGACGUCGCGAUUCUGCACAGCAGUCUCCCCUUGCGCGACGAGAGGCUGAGGGCCAAGGUCUGUAUCCUCGACGGCGAUCAGGAUCUUUGUUCAACAAGUAUACCGGAGAUCCACAGGGAGAGAUGUAAAUGUGAUUACGCUUGUGGAGAAUACGAUGAUUGCUGCAUCGACAACCGCAGUAUACAUCCUGUCGAUAGGAAAUGGACCUGCUACGAGAGAGGUGGAUUCUAUGUCAUUAGAGCGUGCCCGAACUCGUGGCCGAACGACAGGGUACGUCAUCGAUGCGAGGAAGAUCCCGAAAAACUGAAUAUGACCGUGACGUAUUUGAAUCAGCUCCCGCUCCUGGAACAGAAAUCCGGACUCAUGUUCUGGAAUGUCUUCUGUGCGAUCUGCAAUCGUAAAACUGACUUGAUAAGACCUUGGCGCCGAUCGCGGCUCGUAUGCACGAACGAAGGACUCUACAAUCAAACUGGCUUUGAAGACCGUUUGAAACCGGGCGAGCAUAUCGUCCGUUUCGACGCAGAGUAUGUGGAAGAGCUGGUCGCUAAGGGGAACCUCACUUACAACGUGAACACCGAGGAGUUCAUCCUUCACAACGGAAAAUUCCAACAUGAUUGCAUCCUCGAUAUCCCGGAGUUUCGAGACAUCGACUUCAUUAAAACCAACGUUCUCAGGAAGUGCAUCGAGUCGAUUACUGUGUGUCAGAAGACGUUCUUCUCGAAAGAAGACCAGGAUCUAGCGCACAAAUGCACCUCGUACACUUCGUACGUACACGAUAAAAUCACCGCACGGAACUACAAGAAUUAUCACUGCGCGCUGUGCGACGGUGUCAAACUGUGGAACAUCCGCUGCGGAGCGUACAGCAAUACCCAGAACUGGAAUGUGUUCAUGGUCACCCGGACCGCCCUGCCUAAGAUUAUAAGUGUCGACCUGUGGCCCUGGUUCAAUGACCGAAAUGGACUGCACGCCGACAAAUGCGCUCAGAACGAGCUCUACGAUGAUCUUCUACACGUCUGCGUUUACAUAGGAUGUCCCGAACAGUACGUCUGGGUGGAGGAAGAGCGGCAGUGCCUGAAUAUCCUCGACACGCUCCCGGAUCCAUACAGCAACGAGAAUCUCACGUAUCAAUGCGUGACCCAGAAAAUUCCAUAUGAUUGGGUCACCGAUUUACGCCACAAAGAAAUCAAAUUGAACCACACCGGCAAGGUCCUGAAGCCGAGCGACUACUUCAUGACGAAGGAUGAAAACGGGACAGCGGACUACAUUUAUUACUGCGAGCCUGAAUGGUUGUCGUUCCAGCUGGAGAGCCGCGAAUUGUACAUCUUCAAUAUUCUCUUGUAUCUGAGCAUAUGCGGCGUUUUCUGCGUCUUCGUUCUGCAUGUCGUCGUCCACGAGUUGCGGAGCAGUCAAUGGGGCAAGAACAUCCAGAUGCUCGCCGUUGCUUCGUUGGGCGCAAACAUUUCAUUCGCUUGCGCUCUCCACAAGCGACCGUUCUCUAGCGAUUGCUACACGACGGGUCUCGCGAUGAUCUUCUUCCACUUAUCCAUGUUCUUUUGGGCGUCUGCUGGGAUUCUCGACGCGUACCGGGCUCUUUUCAACAAGCUGCCGAGAAAACGUCGGGGUCAGGGUCCGGGAACCAAGAAAUUCGGAAUGUUCUCGUGGGGUUUAUCGCUGCUCUUCGCGGUGUUGUCCUCGUGGAGCGAUAAAUGGGGCGCCGAGUUCGGCAUAGGAGCCCGGGUUGGGAAGCCCCUGUGUUUCAUAUCAACAGGAGUCGGAUUCGUACUCUUUUUCUUCAUUCCUUUGAUCCUCGUUGGGAUCGCUGACCUCGUGGGGAUUAUGUUCUGCCUGAAAAGAGUUCUCUGCCGAGCUAGGACACCCGUGCGUAUUCACGUUCACGGACGCAGUCAAGGCGUGGAAGGCGUGACAUAUACGAACCGAAGCCAUUUUUACACCCUAGCCGGCUUCCUGAUUCUGUGUUUCGCGACCUGGACGUCCGUUUUCAUGGCGGUAGACAUGCAGAUCAAGGAGGGAUGGAUCAUGUUCAGCGUCCUCUACGGCUCCCAAGGUCUAUGGCUGACUUUGAGGACAGCUUUGAACCCGACAGGGUUUUGGCUGUUCCUCGAUGAAAUCACUCACCGGGACCCGAGACACCGAGCGAUGCGGUCGGCGGGAGUGCUCGUGAGUUCCGCGAAAGAUCUGCCGGCGUUGGCAAUGCCGGAAGAUCGCUCGCACCGGGAACCUACGCCCUGUCCCUUAACUCCGAAGUUCUCCACCGAGCUAUCGCGGAGGAAUCUGUUCCUACAACCUCCCAGUGCUCCUGGAACGUCACGCCGACCGAGCACCGUUGCCGAAAUAGAUCAGAACCCGAACAACCACAAGUACGGUCCUCCGGUGACUAAUCUCAUCCCAGCGACCCCUCUGCCGAAGCACAUGGAGAGACCAAAGUUCCCACACGAGCGACGAGUUUCGAGCGCCGUCAUCAAACCGAUUCACAUGAACGUCCCUCAGAGCGCGCUCCAACCCAUCUUGCCCCCGUCCAUGCCGAGCACUCCACCGGGCUCCGCAGUGAACACUAUGCGACGCUGAUAGAUUCCUGUAACGCUUUCAACGAUUGAGAAGCGCCGAUGUAUAAUUGUAAGUAUCAUGAAGUUUCUGAAGAGUCCUGUACAGCUUUUGUGAUCCCCUCUGCAAAGUAUCCGCGAAUAAACGUUUCGGUUUUCGUU